AUGGCCGCGCCCAAGCCCGGCGCCCACUGGAGGCGCCGCAAGAGAAGGUUCCCGGCGCCGAGACCCCCGUUCCCCAGCGCGAGGGCGGACAUCCGCAGAUGCUGCACCCUCGUGGUGGGCACGGCCAUCAUCCUCACCAUCGUGGGGCCCGUAAACUACAGGCAGUCCCGGACGCAAGUUCCGGCGCCCAACGCCCCCGGCGCCAGAAACCUGGAAUCGCAGCAGCCCCAAGUCGCAGUUCAGAACGACCCAGACGGGCUCCGAAAGACGCAGGUUUCGCACCGGAACGACGCGGAUUGCUACGACAGGUGUCGGUGUCGUUGCGAGGACAUUUGCAUCAUCCACACGCCGUGGGGACUGGUGGCCAUGACGGUGGCGCUGGCCAUAGUGAAGGCCGACCUGCGGGUGUCCUGCUCCACCCUGGGCGCCGCUUGGAUCACCAGCAGCUCCAUCGUGUCUCUGUGCGUGGCGCUGUACGGCUUCAGGGUCAGCAGCUGGAAGGGGGCCACGCUACUGUCAAGGUCGCUUAUACCCACCGAACUGGCGGCGUGGUGGCGGUACAUCCUCAACGGCUACCCCGUUGUUGUGGAAAAGCUGGAGGACGAAGAGAAUUGGGCCAUGCUCGCAGCGAUCCACAUCCUCAGCAUCGCGGCAGGCUUGUACGAACUCCGUUUAUUGAUCCAUGAAACCACGACCGAUCGCCAGCACUCAUAA